GGUGUAUGGAUCUCUGAGUUCGUAAUAAACGGUUUUAAAUCACUUAGAAUGUCUGAAAGAUCAUAUCCUCUUUAUUUAUCAGCUGUUUUCUUAAUAUUUAUUGUCAAGCUUAAUGUUUAUAAUGAUAUUUUAUCAUCAUCGAUGAAAACAAACAACUUUUUCUUACCUCAUACUGGUUCUUCAUUUUAUAAUUGACUAUUUUAUCUGUAAAUCUUUUAAAUCCUUCGUGUCCUAACCUUAAGCAAAAGCGUACUUUUAAGUCCAUGAUAGGUAAUUAAAAUCAUCAAAUAUGACUGUGGACAAGUAUCAUCAUCCUCGAUGUUUUUUGGAUAUUGAAAUUGAUGGAGAGCAUGUCGGAAGAAUCAUUGUGGAGUUAUUUUUUGAUGUCUGCCCCAUCACUUGUGAAAAUUUUAGAGCAUUGUGUACAGGUGAGAAAGGUGUUGGUAAGAACACAGAGAAACCUCUCCAUUACAAAGGAGCUCCAUUUCACAGAGUUGUGAAAAAUUUUAUGAUACAAGGAGGAGAUUUUGUUUCUGGUAAUGGCACUGGUGGCGAAUCUAUUUAUGGUGGUCAAUUCAAAGAUGAAAAUUUUGACAUCCCACAUGAUAAACCUUUUUUGCUCAGUAUGAGCAAUCGUGGAAAAGACACAAAUGGUUCACAGUUUUUCAUCACUACACAGCCUGCUCCUCAUUUAAAUGACAAGCACACUGUGUUUGGGCGUGUCAUUGAUGGUCUCGAUGUUGUAUCGGAUAUUGAAAACAUAAAGACUGAUCAAAGUUGCAGGCCCACAAAGGAAGUCAAAAUUAAAAACUGUGGUGAACUUGUCCGAAAGGCUAAACAAAAAGAAAAACGUCGAAGAUCCGUUGAAAGUUCUGCCUCUGAGGCAGAAAGUGAAGAGAGAAGGUCCAGAAAAAAGAAGAAAGAAAAGCAUAAGAAACACAAAAAAGAGAAAAAAGAAUUGAAAAGUUCGAAUGCUCCUUUCAAAGAAUCAGAAGAUACUGGCUGUAUGGUUGAUCCUGAAGAAAUACCCGAAGUCCCUGCAAAUAACUUUUUAUUAAGACGAACUUCUCCUUUAGGGGAUAGCAAUAGAAGACCAAAUCAAAGAGACUCAGUUAAUUACAUGCGCCCAUCAAGAUCUCGUUCUGGUCGAAAAAUAAAAGGAAGGGGCUUUAUGAGAUACCGAACACCAUCCCGAUCAACAAGUCGUUCUGGUAGUGAAACGCCACCGCACUGGAAAAUGGCACAAUCAAGACUAAAGAAUAUUAAAGAUGUCUUGCCCCUAAAACAAGCUACUCCAAAAGAAUCAGAGUCAGAAGACGAAGAAAUUGAAGAUGAUGCUCCUAAAAUAAUAACUCCUCUUCAAAGUAGGCUUGGGCUUUCGUCAAAAAAAGAAGGAAAAGAUGCUAGGGCAACUCUGCAAAAUCGGAGAGAAAGAAAUAGAAGCAGUCCUGGUCUCUCUCCGAAAAGAGAUGUAAGGUCUCGUGGAUGGCGAGAGAAUGAUGAUUUUGAAUUUCCCAGAAGACGACAUGAAAGUAAUUCAGAUCGAGAUCAGUCUCGUAGCUCUCCUAUAAGAAGUAAAGUUGUUGUUAAAUCUAGUAUUUCUAAGGGUAGUGAAGAACGUGCAAGAGAUCGAGAUAGAUCUAAUAACAAAAGUAUUGGCAAGAACCGAUCUGAAUGGUCCCCUCCUCGGCGAUCUAGGGAACGUGAUUUUAAAAGCAAUCGUUAUUCACCAAAAAGAAGCUCUGCAGCUUAUCAUAUAAAUGUGCCUAAGUCUAGUGACAAAAAGACAGAUGAUGCUGAUAAAUCUAAACGUUUCAAAUCUCUAACAGAUGAUUUAUUUCGAUACUGCAAAGAUAUGGAUACUGCAGAAGAUGAACAAAAAACUCCUAGCAAAAGCAGUGCCAUCAAAAAGCCUGCAAAAGCCAAGAAACCGCAAGAUAAAACGAAGGUAUUUUCUUCUCUUGCCGAUGAUUUGAUGCGAUAUAAUAAAAAUGUGGAUUUCAGUUCUGACGAUGGCGAUGCUCAAGCAAAAAAGAAAACAGCUCCAUCCCUUACUGAUCAGCUGAUGAAAUACAAUAAGGACAAUGAAUCCUGUUCUGAUGCUGACAAAGUGAAACAAUCUAAAAAGAAAAGAAUUCCAUCUCUUACUGAUGAAUUGAUGAAGCACAAUAAAGACUUAGAAUCCAGUUCAGAUGAUGGUCGUGGUAAACAAAACUUAAACAAAAUUGUGGAAAGUAAUGCCACUGCAAAUAAUGAAUCUGAUUCUGUGAAACAGCCUAAAAUAAAACCUUUGAAAACUGAUUUGUUCCAUUAUUCCCAGCACGAUGACAGCUCAGAAGAUAGUCCAAAUGUUAAUGAGACUCUCCCUCAAAUUUCUCAAAAAAGUUCUCUAGAUAGUGAAAUUCAAGAAGUAGGUUACAUGAAGAAAUCUUCUAAACGUGUCACUAACCAUGCAUUUGAUAAUGUAUCUAAUUUGGAUGUUGCUUCUAGUGCAGAAAAAGGGAUUAAGAAUGAACCUCGCUUACCAGAUGAUUCAGAUGACAUGCAUGAUAUAUCAAAUGAGGAAAGUUCUUUUAAUCAGUCUGUUUCCCUAUCUGAUAAUUUAUCGCUUGAAGAAACUCGUGCAAUACAGUUAGUGUCAUCUCAAUCUAUCAAUACAGAAAAGCCACCUAGGGAUAGAGGAAGGUGGGAUGUACAGGAUUAUCCCUUGGCUAAUAAUGAUGAAGGCCAACAGGAAAAGAGAUUACCAGUGAAUGAUGCUCUUCCUGCCGUUUUUGGUGUCUUUGAUGGAAGUCUUGCCGAUGUUGUUCCACUUCCUGAUGAAGAACCCCCUGGAACUGGAACAACUUUUGUUGCUGAUGAUGAAAAUUCUAAUCAACCUGAAAAUAAUGCAGGAGAAAGACAGCUAGGAGAAAGAAAAGUAUUUUCUAAUGAAAGCAAAGAACACAAGGAAAAAUCCACUACUAGACCAAUACACAAGUCUUCAAGAUCAAGAAGCCCAAGCCCUGAUGUAAAAUCUCCAAAAUCAAGUAGUUCACCAGGACCUCGCUCAUCUACUAAAGCCUCUCCUGAUAGAAAGACAUCUAAGAGAAUACGUUCACCCAUUAAUAGACGAUCAAAAUCACAUUCUCCUCCAAGAAAGACUCGUUCACCUCUUUCUCGGCGUACUAGAUCCGACCGACAUUCUAAAUCUCGAUCCAGGUCUAGAUCCAAUCGCAGGUCAACGUCUCUAAGCAGAAAUAGAGUUAGAAGGCGAUACAGCAGAUCUCCGGAAUCUCGGUUGCGAAGAUCCCGAUCUAGAACUAGAGAGGAAAGACCAUUGAGGCAUCGUUCUUCUGGCGGUAGACCUCCUCCUCGUUCACCUGAUCGUAGAGGAGCUUAUCGAGGCCGUUAUAGUAAAAGUCCUAGUUACCGCGGUAGAGCUAGAGCUGCAGGGAGGACCAGGCAUAGUCGCAGUAGAUCACCAAUACGUAGAAGGAGAAGAAAUCGGCGUUCAAGCAGUAGUUCUGGUAGCAGCUCCAGCAGAAACUCUUCUAGUUCAAGAAGUGCUAGUCGAAAAAGAAGAAAUGCUCGUAGAGGUGCUAAAGGAAAGGGUAAAAGAUCUUCCUCUUCUUCAUCCAGCAGUAGUGCAGUGUCCAAAAGAUCUGGAAGUGCUUCAACUUGAUGAGAAUGGUAAGGAUAGGGUUUUUAAAAUGAAUAUUGAUUUCAUUGUCAUUUAUGGAUUCAUGCCGACUGUUAAACACCUUUUUCCUGUCAUGUUCAAUUUUAUGCAUACGUUCAAUUUCCUCAUUGUCGUUUUCAGCAUCAAAUUCAAUAUUGUUUUUUGUAAUGUAACCAAUUCUGGUGAAUAUUGUGUAGAUGUUGGACAUAAGUUUAUAUUAAUGAAAAAUUAAAAAUUUUGUUUUAUCUGAACAAAAUAAGUAUUGAGUAAUUAUUAUUAUUAUUUUUUUUGUGGUAAUGAAUGAUAUUUAUUCUCAUUUAUGGAUUUACGUCAACUGUUUUGCACCUUCAUGUCAUUCAAUUUUAUGCAUACAGUCAAUUUCCUCCAUCAUUGUUUUUCUUGUUUCCUAUGGCUGUUUGAAUAAAAUAAUUCAUUGUUUUUGGCAUCAAACUCAAUAUUGUUUUUUAUAAUGUUGUGGAACUAAUAUUGGUGAAUAUUGUGUAGAUGUUUGACAUAAAUUUCUAAUUAUCGAUUAAAAACUGUAAAUUUUGUUGCAUUUAAAUACAGUUUUUAAAAAAUCGCAGAAUAAAUAUUGAGUAACUAUUAUUUAAUUAUCUUUGUCUUUUGUGUUAACAAAUUAAUUUUUAAAAAAUGCUUUUAGGGUCACCAACUUCUAAAGAAUAUGAAAAACUUUCAGAGCAUAAUUCGCUGAUUUUUUUUAAGGCAUCCUACUUUUUAGUAUAUAUUUAGCACACAUUUUUUUAACUUGUAAACCUUUUCUUUUUAGUAUUUUUUUUUUAAAGUAAGAAGACAAAUAACAUAUUUUUAGAUGAACUUAUCUGUUCAAUAGCAAAAUAGUGAAACAAUUUUGUAAUGCUUUUAUAAAGCUUGGUCAUUCAUCUUUAGGCAAAUGAAAUUUUAUUGUUUGUUAACUUAGGAAAUGUAUUAUUUAAAAUUAUCUUUUACAACAGAAUGCUGUAAUUUGAAUACCUUGAAGAUGGCAUAAAUAAUCUAUUUCUAGAUUAUAUAUAUAUAUAUACUACAUUGCUUCAUUAUUUCACUGCUUUUGGCAUCCAACUCGUGAUUGUUUUCUGUAAUGAUGUGUAACUAAUGUUGGUGAAUAUUCUGUAGAUGGUGGAUAUAAAUUUGUAAUUGUUGAUUAAAAAUUGAAAAUUUUGCUUUA